UCGUUUGGUGGAGGGAACAUGUGGUUGUGUUCCCUUUGGCUUCCAAAAUUCUCGGAGUCCUGAUUGAGAAACCUUGUGUUUUUAGCUCAAUCUAAAGGACUCCUUAAAAUCUUUAAAUAUCACCAAGCUGCUUGUUUCACUGCCCUUAAAGAAGGGUAUGUGUUCAUAAUAACAGCUAAAUAUUUAAGUGCAAAAGAACUUGGUAUGCUGGCUGGAAAAGGAGGAAAAGCCAGGAGUGGGACUGAAGCCUCAAAUCAACUUUAUUUCAACGUACUCAAUGUUUUUUUUCUUACUGGACUAAGCCUGAAAUGUUUGGGGAAGUGCAAGUAUUAAUUUUUUACUACCUCAAAGACACUGAACUGUGUGUUAUUCAUUUUUUCUGUUGUUGUUUCUGAAAUCAAUCGUUUAAGUUUUUGGAGUUUUUGGUGGGGUAAUAAGAGAAUUUAACACUAGAAUAAACAAGGAUCACACAGAAUUAGCUCGGUGGUUGUUUCUUUAAUUUAGUAGAUCAAAGAAAUUACUCUGGUAACACGGGAAGUGUUACAGAUGGCGCCCAAACAGGGACAACCACCAAAUUAUCAGAGCUGAAAAAGUAUUCUGUGUGAAUCUUUGAUCUUUAAAGUGUUAUACUUAGCCUUUGUUAAAAACCCACAAAAAUGGAGGGUGAUGAGAUCGCACCUGAUCAGGAUUUUUCUUCUAAAGCUUUCACUCAGAGAAGAGAACCUGUUCAUGAAAUCAUUGAUACCUUUAAUGAACUUUACAUUGAUUCAGAUGAUGAAAAAGAAGUAACUGUUACUGAGGACCUACCACCACCACCACCUCUUGAUUUCAAUGAGCAUAGUCACCACAUGUAUGGAGUUGAUGGCAACCAGUCACGUCUCACCAGCAUUGAAGAGCACCUAGCCAACCUUGAACAUCAAGUAAGUGAGCUAGUUAAUGAGACGCAAGUCAAGUUAAUGCUAAAAUCUCUUGAAGAUAAAGUUUUUUAUAAGUUGCAAAGAGAAACUGAUAGAUUAAAGGAGUGGACCCAAAGCAAGAUGGAUGACAUGGGAAAAACCGUCAUUGAUUGUUUGAAACGCAGAGAUAAGCAAAUUGAGGAGCGAAUGAGAGCUUUUCAACCAACCGUCUCUACACCAGUCUCUGAUGAGUUACCCAGAAAGUCAGUAAACUAUCAAACUCCGGUAAGACAAGUCACAAACAGUCACCAAAGUCAGUCUACUGCUCUAUCACAACUCUCUGUAACCCAAUACAAUCCUCCAGUAAAGCUAGAGUUUCCUACCUUUGAUAACUCAGAUCCUGAAGAUGCUGUUACUUUUAUAGAGAGGGUGGAAGAAUAUCUUGAUCUUCGUCCUUUAACUAGUGAAGAACUCUUGGCUUCACUCUCAGUUGUUUUAAAAGGAACAGGAAAUGACUGGUGGAGAGCAGAGAGAGCUAACAUUACUGACUGGAGAACUUUCAAGCAGAAGUUUUUAUUCUCCUUCUUAAAUGAAGACGGCCAAGAAGUCAUUGCUCAGAAACUGGCAAGUCGCAAACAAGGUCCGAAUGAAAGUGUCAGAGACUUUGCUUUUAAUUAUCGAGCCAUUUGCCUCCGAAGCAAACCUGAGAUGACUGAAGGUGAGAUAGUGAAGGCCAUUCUUAGGAACUGCAACCCACGUUUAGCGUCACUUCUCAGAGGAACAGCUAAAACUGUGGAUGAUGUUGUUCGUUUGGGGACACAAGUGGAGAAAGAUUGGGUAGAGAGCAAGAGGUACUGGACACAAGUAAGUGGUGAAAAUCAGAAGAAAAGAGUAACCUCUGAAAAACCAGACCUGAAAACUCACCUUAUGAUGGUAGACCGAACAGAUAAUAUCAGUUCACUUCAAACGUCCAUUACCAUUAACCAUAACUUCAUCAAUGCAGUGAUUGACACCGGGAGCACUUACUCCUUGAUACAAGAAAAGGUAUGGAAGAUGUUGAAACCUCAAGCUAAAUGUUUGCCUCCCAGUACACAGACUUUCAUGCUUGCCAAUGGACAUCGACAAAAAGCUGUUGGUAAAGUGAGAGAGAGCUGUGAGGUUCAAGGGAAGACGUUUGAAGUACAGUUCUAUGUACUCAAGGAUG